AUGUCGCAGCCAUCCCUUCCUCCAGCCAUGCUCCCUGAUCGUCAGCGCUACCUGGCUAAGGACGUCGUCAGAGACGUAUGGGCAGGACUCGGCCUACCGGUGGAGUCUCUCGAGAGCCUUUGCUUGCCAGGAGACACUGACAACCCGACACUUCCCUCUUCCUACAAAAUCGGCAUCUUAGCUCAGGGCAGCAUUGCUCUAUCGGCGCUCGCAGCCGCACAGAUUCACAGCUUGCGUGCCAGGUCACCUAUGCCGGCUGUCGAGGUGCCAUCCAAGCACGCCACCAUUGAGUUCAAAUCGGAGCGACUAUACGUGUUGGACAGCAAGAUCACGCCAUCCCCGUGGGGAGAUAUCGGGGGGCUUCACAAGACAUCCGACGGCUAUGUGCGCGUCCACGACUCGUUCUCAAACCACGUCAAGGGUACACUGGCGCUUGUGGGUCUUUGUGAGGGAUCGAGCCGACAACAAAUCGCUGAAAAGAUUGCCGACUGGGCGAGCAUUGACUUUGAAACGGCAUCGACGGUCGACGGGACGAUGGCUAACUAUGCCCUGCGCUCGUACAAGCAGUGGGACGUGCUGCCGCAGUCAAAAGCCAUUAGCAACUUCCCCAUCGACUGCACGCGCAUCUCAACGGGAGGGCGCAAAUCCUUGCCAGAGCGCUUGGCCAAGGUUGGACCAAAAUGCCUCUCUGGCGUUCGGGUUAUUGAGAUGUCUCGUGUGAUUGCAGCACCACUUGCCGGCAGGACCCUGGCCGCGCAUGGCGCAGAUGUCAUCUGGGUUACCUCGCCUUCGCUUCCCGAUCUCCCUGUGAUAGAUCGGGAUCUAGGUAGAGGCAAGCGCACUGUUCACAUUGACAUCAAGAGCCCUGACGACAAGGCAAAGCUGCUUGAGCUUCUCGCGACAGCCGAUAUCUUCAUCCAGGGCUUCCGGCCCGAGUCGCUGGCUGGACACGGACUGGGUCCAGAAGACUUGACCAAGCUGAACCCCAACUUGGUCAUUGCCAACAUGUCGGCCUUUGGCCCUCGUGGAUCCUGGUCCAAGCGUAGAGGCUUUGACUCUCUCGUACAGACAUUGUCUGGUAUGAACGUAUCUGAAGCAGAGCACGCUGGCAAGGGCGAGCCAGCUCGGCCAACUCCUUGUCAGGCGCUCGAUCAGGCGGGCGGUUAUUUUCUGGCCACGGCAGCCAUGACUGCGUUCUACAAACACUUGACUGGGGGUGGCGCGUGGAGGGCGGAUGUGUCACUCGCGGGCACGAUGAAGUAUCUCCGCAGUUUGGGGCAAUACCCUGGGGCGACGGGAUUCGAGGCCCAGGAUUAUAAAAAGCCAGAAGACGUGCCAGAAGAGUUCUAUGAGACUAGGCCUUCAGGCUUUGGGUCUUUGAAGGCGAUCAAGCAUUCCGCUCGCAUAGAUGGCCGCGAUGUUGGGUGGGACAUUAUGCCGAAGCCUCUUGGUGCAGACAAACCCGAGUGGCACUCAUGA